AGGCUUUCAAGCUUAAAAAUGGCCCAGCUGCAGGCCUGUUUGCAGCCUGACAACAGCCGCCAUCGUCCGCUGACCGGGUAGUGCGAAGGAGUUGAGUGACUAUCUAACCUUACGUAGCGGCUGUCUGUCAACGGGGCUAACUAGCUGUAGCUUUGCCAUAUGAUAUAGAUAGACAUUGCACAGGGACACACUUCUACAGACAGCCAUAGGAUCGGCGAAAUAACCCUACAACGCUGACAUGGACAAAGACGAAGCGGACCGGAUGAUAGAGAGGGCGAAGCAGUGUUUACGAGCAGGACAUAAAGACCGGGCGUUGCAUUUGCUGUAUGAAGCCCAGAAUAUUUACCCCAGCACCCGGGCCAGAGUGCUGAUAGAUGCCAUAACCAGGAACGGAGGCACUGCUGCUCCAGAAGGAAACCACAUGCCCCCACCGUCAGGCUGGAGAGACGAGGACAUCGGAAACAACCAAACAAGUCAUGCGAGUAGUGAUGAAAAGAAAAGCUACACAGAGGAUCAACGCCAGGGUGUUCUCAGGAUAAAGAAUUGCAAGGACUUUUAUGAGAUUCUUGGUGUUCCCAAAAAUGCUAGUGAUGAUGAUUUGAAGAAGGCAUACAGGAAGUUGGCCCUCAAGUUCCACCCUGACAAGAAUUUUGCCCCAGGGGCCACAGAUGCAUUCAAAGCAAUAGGCAAUGCAUACGCAGUGCUGAGCAAUCCAGAGAAAAGGCAGCAGUAUGAUCAAUAUGGAGAUCAGUCAACAGCUGCAAAUACACCCCAGCAGUCCAGCCAAAGUCGCCAUGCGCACUACCGAAGCUUCCACCGAGACUUUGAGGCUGACAUUUCGCCCGAGGAGCUCUUCAACAUUUUCUUUGGAGGAAGGUUUCCCACAGGAAAUAUUCACGUGUAUACUAACCAGGGAGCCUCCUACUCUCAGUUCUAUCAGCCUCGUCGUCGACGUGCUUAUGAGAGGCGCGAGGAGGUGGUGGAGGACAACCAGAGUCAAAACACCUUCACAGCUCUCCUGCAGCUUCUCCCUGUACUGGUGUUAAUCCUCAUAUCAGUGUUUACGCAGAUGAUGGCCACUAACCCACCCUACAGUCUCUUCUAUAAGCCGUCCAUGGGGUUAGUGGUGUCCAGGGAAACACAGCACAUGGGUGUGCCAUACUACGUGGAUAAAAGUUUUGAGAAGGAAUAUCGUGGAGCUGCGCUGGAGGAACUAGAGAAAACCAUAGAGACUGAUUAUAUUGAACACCUGCAGAACAGCUGCUGGAAGGAGAAACAGCAAAAAUCCGACUUGGCAAAUCUCGGACAGCUGUACCGAGAUGAACGUUUAAAGCAGAAGGCAGAAUCGAUGAGGCUGGACAACUGUGAGAAAUUGAAUCGAUUGGUCGGGCGUCAGAGGGGCAAAUGAGGAGUUAAUGUCUCUUUACAGACUCAUCUUGAACUAUACAAAUAAUACGUUUUAUUGAAGUGUGUAAUUUAUCCAAUCUGGCCACUUUGUAGGAAAAUCUCUUUGGGUACAGCACAGUGGGAGAUGUUGCCACUGGAAACAAUGUGCCUUCUCUCCUUUUGGAUGGUAGAAAAUAGAGUUCUGCAUGUUAGCUGCCAAACCUGGCUAUUGGUGGUAGCAGCAGCGUAAAGUGCAAACUCACCGUGGCAGUGUUAUAUGAUGUCUCUGCGCCUUUAAACUUUCUUAUAGAAAUGGCAUGACAUACGGGGUCUCCCUUUGGGGUUAUGAAGGCAGUUGUAUGUUCACAUACACAUUUUAUUUGUUUAGGUUUUGUAGUUGACCUGUAUUUAUUUUUUUGUUUUGUGUCUUCGCUGAAACUUUUGGUGUAUUUAUUUAAUAGUUAAUAGAGUGAAUGUUACUUGAGCAUCUUGGCUCAUCUUUUAUCUGUAGGAGGUAUUUAAUUACAGUGACUUAAAUAAUACUGUAGUCUCUAAACAAAUCUGAGAGCAUCUGUACUGUGAAAUGACAGAGGACCUUCUAUUUAUAAUCGAAACAGACAAAUCAGACAUGAAGAAGGACUAUAACAUCUACUGUGUACUGAGGUUUAUCAGGCAGUUUUACCUAUGGCACUACAGCUGUAGCAGCUAUAGACACUUACAAAACAUGACCACUGUUUUUUGAUUAAGUUGCUUAUUUUACAAGGUUGUACUUGCCAAACAUCAGCAGUCUUUACAGUAGAUCUUCCUACUCCCUGCCUGUCACUCACCUGCCUGCAUAGGUGUUUAUUCCUCCAAUCAUAAAGCUUCAGCCCUUCAGGUACCAGAGUUUGUGUGUUGUGCACGUUUUGAAGAAGUAGCUUUGAUUUGUAAUAAGCACAGAGUCAAGUUCAACCAAAUCCACCUCUCAGUCCUGCUCAGUGUUCCUGGUGUCCCUGGAGAAUAUGCAAAGCUCAUUUGUGAGCUUUUCGGCCCAAAUUUUAUAAAUGUUUUAUAAACCCUGCACCUUUAAUUUAUACAGAUGUUUUGUAAAGAAGACAGAUUUUGUUUUCUAAACUUAAACUGAGUAUGCAGCUUUAUUAAAUGUCUGGAUGUGAUCAACAUUCUCCCACAGUUAGGAACUGGAGUUGUGACUUUUACUUUUUGUCGUGAGGAGGAACUUGUGCAGUUAUCUUAAAUUCUUUAUAUUUUACCAACCCUAAAUCAUUACAAUUGUUGUCGCUGUGCACUAAGACUGCCAAACUGCCUUAGCUGGUCUCAAACUUGUGAAAUGUUCAGGUUCAUCUCAAGCACUUUUAAGUUAUUAUUUAACCCUGUGUUCUUCAUUGUUGCAUGCACCCUAGUGAGAGGCCCAUGUGUUUUAUUAGUUACAUAUUUAUUUUUUGGCAAACACAUCUUCACAACUACUGACCCACUAAAUGUUAAUUAAUUUGAAAAUUCAGGUACACACACACAGUAACUCACAAAAUAUGGAAAACCUUUACUGUGAUAAACACAAUUCAGGUUUGGCAUCGGUUUAGUGUGGUAGUACACGUGAGCAAUAUAACACUGGAGUUUCAACUUUCAGCCAAAAAUACCAGAAAAUUAAAGAUGUAA